AUGGCGCCUGAGCGGCAGAAUUUGCACGCCUGGCAGCCUGCAGCGCAGCAGCAGACGCUGACGCAGAUCCUGCAGCAGCUGCAGCAGCUGCAGCAGGUGCCGGCGCAGCUGCAGCAGCUGCAGCAGCAGCAGACGCAGAUGCAGCAGCAGCAGACGCACAUGCAGACGCAGCUGCAGCAGGUGGAAGGAGCGCUGAUGCAGCGCAUCGCGGACGUGGACCACAACGCGCACACCCGCGUCAUCAACAGCCAGCUCAAUGGGCCGCAGCAGGUCGGCUGGGUCCGGAACGACGCCGGGCAGGAGCCGCAGCAGCCCCCCAUGACGCGUGAAGCCCUGCGCACCAACAUGAGCGGCGCCGCCGUGAACGCCGUCCUGGGCCACUACGGCCUGCCCGUGCAGGGCACCGUGCAGCAGCGCCGCAACAGGCUGCUGCACCACCUGGGCAUCACUGUGUGA